UUACAACUGAAUGCCGAGGAAGAAUAAAUAGACAAGACAGUGUUGUAAAAACGUAGUCAUGGGCUGCAGUAUAAAACUUGAAAUACACUGGGUCAUUUUGAUUGUCAGAUCCUAUAAUGUCCAUCUAAAUUCUACUUGGUGAGACACAGUGAGCCAGGAGACUGCUCCAAAAUAUGCUGCUUAAGAGCAUAUAGUCAUUUGUUUGCAAUGAAAUGUGACGGGCCUAUAGGUCUGAUUAAGGAAGUAUUCAUGUGCUAUGUACUCCACAGUGCUCUGAUUGAGACCAGAUCCCUGCUGGAAAUCCCGCUGCUUUUCACUGCUUUGAAAACACAGAACGUGGCUUGCAUUCGCAUUCAGCUCUGAGAUCCCGCAGAUCAGCUACGCGUCAACGGCCCCGGAGCUGAGUGAUGACAGACGCUAUGACUUUUUCUCACGGGUGGUUCCGCCAGACUCGUUCCAGGCCCAGGCCAUGGUGGACAUUAUCCUAGCACUGAACUGGACUUACGUCUCCACCAUCGCCUCAGAGGGCAGCUAUGGAGAGAAGGGAGUGGAGGCUUUCACACAACUCUCCAAAGAAGCAGGUGGAAUCUGCAUCGCCCAGUCCGUGAAAAUUCCACACAACCCCAAGCUGGAAGAUUACGACAAAACCAUCCAACAACUGCUGGAAACGCAGCACUCGCGGGCAGUCAUCAUCUUUGCCAGCGAAGAAGACAUACGGGGAGUUCUCAAUGCCACCAAGAGAGCCAAUCAGGUGGGCCAUUUCCUGUGGAUUGGAUCUGACAGCUGGGGGUCCAAAAGCAGCCCGAUCAACCAGUUUGAGGAUGUAGCAGUGGGAGCAAUCACUAUACUGCCGAAACGCUCGUCCAUUAAAGGGUUUGAUGAAUACUUUACUGCACUCACCCUCGAGAACAAUCGCAGGAAUGUUUGGUUUGCCGAGUUUUGGGAGGAAAACUUCAACUGCAAGCUGCUGAGCGCCUCAAAGAAAGAGGAUACCAGCCGAAAAUGCACAGGCCAGGAGCGCAUCGGGAUCGACUCCAAGUAUGAGCAGGAAGGCAAAGUGCAGUUUGUGAUUGACGCAGUGUACGCCAUGGCCCACGCUCUCCACAAGAUGCACCGGGACUUAUGUCCUGAUCAUCCUGGCGUUUGUCCGCGGUUGGAGGCAGCAGAGGGAAAAACUCUGCUGAGUUACAUACGCAACACCAGCUUCAACGGCAGUGCCGGCACCUCUGUUGUGUUUAACAAGAACGGCGAUGCUCCAGGACGCUAUGACCUGUUCCAGUUCCAGAUGACCAACUCCUCUACCCCAGAGUAUAAAGUGGUAGGGCAGUGGGUGGAGAACCUCCAGCUCAGGCUGGAGGAGCUUCAGUGGCCAGAUGGGGAGCAGGAGGUGCCUAUCUCUGUGUGCAGUCUCCCCUGCAAAACUGGAGAGAGGAAGAAGAAAGUAAAGGGCAUGCCAUGCUGUUGGCACUGUGAGCUCUGCGAUGGCUACCAGUACCAGUACGAUGAAACUUCCUGCAGACUGUGUGCCUAUGACAUGAGGCCGGACUCCAACAGAACAAGCUGCCAACCUAUCCCCAUUGUCAAGCUGGAGUGGCAUUCCCCUUGGGCAAUUAUCCCCGUCUUCCUGGCCAUGCUUGGCAUCAUUGCCACCAUCUUUGUCAUGGCAACUUUCAUCCGCUACAAUGACACGCCUAUCGUGCGGGCAUCAGGCAGAGAACUGAGCUACGUCUUGCUAACUGGCAUCUUCCUGUGUUACAUCAUUACGUUCCUCAUGAUUGCCAAGCCUGACGUAGCCGUGUGUGCCUUCAGGAGGAUCUUUCUGGGCCUGGGCAUGUGCAUCAGCUACGCCGCACUGCUUACUAAGACCAACCGUAUUUAUCGGAUCUUCGAGCAGGGGAAGCAGACAGUGACAGCCCCUCGCUUCAUCAGCCCCACCUCCCAGAUUGCUAUCACUUCCAGUCUAAUCUGCGUGCAGCUGCUGGGGGUGCUGGUGUGGUUUGCUGUUGACCCUCCAAACACUAUCAUCGACUACGAUGAACAGAAAACCAUAAACCCCAGGCUGGCCCGCGGAGUGCUCAAGUGUGACAUCACAGACCUACAGAUAAUCUGCUCACUGGGUUACAGCAUCCUGCUGAUGGUGACCUGCACUAUCUACGCUAUCAAGACGAGGGAUGUACCAGAAGACUUCAAUGAAGCCAAACCCAUUGGUUUUACUAUGUACACAACUUGCAUCGUCUGGCUGGCCUUCAUCCCGAUUUUCUUUGGCACAGCACAGUCAGCGGAGAAGCUGUACAUUCAGACAACCACCCUGACCAUCUCUAUGAACCUCAGUGCCUCAGUAGCACUGGGCAUGCUCUACAUGCCCAAGGUGUACAUCAUUAUCUUCCACCCUGAGCACUGGGCAUGCUCGAGAGGCCCAAUGGAGAGGCAAAGACCGAGCUGUGUGCACCAGCCCCACAACCCCUCUCUGGAUUAUGCCUCUGAGAUCACAGAUUUUCCUGGGAAUUUCUCCAAACAGCCAACAGUUGUCACACUCAUCUGUCAUGAGCAGAAUGAGCGUGUGGAUCUGUGA